AUGGGAAAGGUCACCUACCGCAACGGCAUUGCAAUCCUCCAGCUCAUCAUAUUCCCCAUCAUCCUCGUUGCUGCCAUUUUCAUCUGGAAGCGAUCAGGCUGGAGGGUUGGCAGCAAGAUCUGGCGAUUUCCCGUCACACUCUCGCUCAUUCGAAUUGCCGGCAGUAUUUCUUCGUUGCUCUCGAUCAAUAACGACUCGUACAACAUCAAAGUGGCUGAGGCAGUAUGUCAGUUGAUCGGUCUAGCCCCUUUGCUGCUAACCUUUAUCGGACUGCUGCGUCAAAUUGAUGUGGACGAGAAAAUGCCGCCCAGGCCGAUGAAACUAGUGACGUUAAUCACCUUCAUUGGCCUUAUUCUUGGUAUCGCAGGAGUCAGUUCCGGUGGUUAUCCACCCGGCGGACUCGCCAAGGCCGCCAUGGGCAUCUUCCUCGCCGUCUUCGUGCUUUUCCUCGUACUGAGUGUCUGGUUAUUCUUGGAACUCAGCGGUUCAUUGCGACGAUUCCAGAAGAAACUCUUUAUCGCCAUUGCCCUGUCUACCCCCUUCUUGGUGCCCCGGCUGAUCUACUCGGUCCUCGGCGAUUACACUUCUCUGGAUACUUUCUCUCUGGACGGAAAUCCAACCGUCUAUCUAUGCAUGGCGGUGCUGGAAGAAAUCAUUGCCUUGGCAAUCACCAUGGUCUUGGGUAUAUUGGCUGUUUUGGAGCCGGACUUUGUCCAACUCACUCCUCAAUCCCGCGAGGACCCGGAACAGAAGCCCGAGGGGGUGAAUUUCUAA